CACUACUAGAACUUCUGGGAUCCUGAAGUUGUGGGUCCGAGAUUCUUGAGAUUUUAUAGUUGUCUCGGGCCGUUGAAAAAAUUUUGGAUAUGUUUUUGCCGUCUGAUUAUAUUCUUAGAUGCCUGUUUCUUGCGAGGUAUGUACAGAGGCCAACUUAUGAUGGCCAUGAGAAUUGAUCCAAACAACGGUUGGUGGCCUAUUGCGUGGGCGGUGACGGAGGCUGAGAGCUACGAACAGUGGAUAUGGUUCCUCGGCUAUCUGGCAGAUGACCUCCACAUACAUGAGAAUGCCCCAAGAUUUGUCUUCAUGUCUGACCAGCAAAAGGGUCUUGCAAAAGCCAUCCUCGAGGAUUUCCCACAGAGCGAGCAUCGCUUAUGUGUGCAGCACAUAUACAACAACUUCAAGAAGGGAUUCAUCGGGGAGAAUUUUAAGGAGAUGUUGUAGGAGCUUGCGUCGAGUACAACCCCCGAACAGUAUGUGGAGCGAAUGGAUGCAGUGCGGAUUAUAUAUCCCCAAGCACAUCAAUACCUACUCGGUGUUGCUCCUAAAGAAAAAUGGGUGAAGGCUUAUUUCUCGCCGCAUGUUUGUUGUGAUGUUAUCCUCAACAAUAUAUGCGAGACCUUUAAUUCGAAGAUAGCAAUUGCUCGCGAGUUGGCCAUUGUCACCAUAUUGGAGGAGAUCCGGACAAGUCAGAUGGAGAUGAUACAGAUUAGAGGCCAAUGGAUCAAGACAUACGAUCACACACUGCCGCCCGUUAUCAAAGAGAUCGUGGAUAAGUAUUUGACGAGGGCUUCUUCUUGGAGAUCAACAUGGAACGGAGAGGAUUCGUACCAAGUGUCGGGACCGUCAGGCCAGUAUGUAGUGAACAUGCGUGACUUUACUUGCUCUUGCAGAUUAUGGCAGCUGACUGGGAUCCCAUGCACUCACGCCAUCGCUACAAUCAACAAGAAUGAGAAGGAUGUAGCAGAUUAUGUAUUCCGCUAUUAUUUGUGGUCCACAAUGAUGCUCCUGUACGAGAAUGUCCUCUACCCAAUAAAUGGGAUGGAUAAUUGGCGGAAGACUUCUGACGUUGGAUUUGAACUGGCACCCUCGAGGACAAAGCGACAGCGUGGACGGCCAAAGAAACAGAGGCGUGAAGAACCCCAGGUUCGUCACCAUGCGAAUGGAUCAGAGUCUCUGCGACGAACCUUUGUACUCAGGUGUCGUCGGUGCGGACAAGAUGGGCAUAACCGAAGAACAUGCACUAAUGAUCCCCGCGUAGAUGCCCGAACCGAAGUUGGACAGAGUUCACAGCCCAGUGAGACCAGUGCGCCACCCUCAACGGACGGUAGUGACAGGUCUGCGCCGUCCAACGUGUUUCAAAAUGAAGAGACCACUCUACCUCGGCGAGAACGACCUAGCACAAGUCGGUCUCCGCAGUCAAACCAGGAGACCAAUCCUACAGCUACAAGGCCCAACACACGUCGGUCUACCCGGUCAAGUCAGGAGACCAAUACCACUGUUCCAAGGCCUAGCACAUGCCGGACCAGGACUCAACCGCAGCGCUGUGGCCGUCGAGGGGAUCGGGAUUGAAUACGCGCUCUUGUCAAGUUUGGGAACCUUAAAAGCGGGGACAAUGGUGUUGGUUUUUGUUUGUGUUUUUUAAACAAUGGUGGCUUGAAGCCUUUUUGUCAAACAUUAUUCAGAUAUUACUUACGGUGAUUGUUAUGGAUCAUCGUG